AACUGUCCCUGAAAGCAGCACCAGGGCAUCGCAAGUCUCGUCAGCAGCACAAUUGCUCUGUCCGCUGAAAGCAUCCACAUUUUUAUACCUACAGAAGACAUGCUCGGGUUUCAUAGAGGCCUGCUGCUUUUUAAACUCUAAGCUUUAGUAUUUGCUUAAUUUUAACUUUAGUGCACUAGCAUAGGGCUGGCUAGCUUAAUUAGCGCGUGUGAAAAUGAGCUCCAGCACUCACGUCAUCCAGGUGACAAACGUCUCCCCGAGCACAACGUCCGAGCAAAUGAGGACUCUGUUUGGGUUUCUCGGAACCAUAGAGGAGCUCAAGCUGUUUCCACCUGAUGACUCUCCCUUGCCUGUGACUUCCCGUGUCUGUUUUGUAAAAUUCAAUGAGCCUGAGUCUGUCGGAGUGUCCCAGCAUCUGACGAACACCGUCUUCGUGGACAGGGCCUUGAUCGUGGUUCCUUUUGCUGAAGGAGUCAUUCCUGAUGAAUCUAAAGCGAUGUCGCUUCUGGCUCCAGCCAACGCUGUAGCAGGAAUGAUGCCCGGAGGAGGUCUUCUUCCAACACCCAACCCUCUGGUCUCGAUAGGAGCAACCCCGUUCGGAGGUCUUGGAGGUCCCAGCAUGGACCAAAUAGCGGCUAUGGGAAUUGAGGGACCCAACAUGAGUCCCCAAGCUUUUUCUGCGGACUUCCUCAAGCUUAUGCAGUCUAUUGACCCAAAACUGAACCCACUGGCAGCCGGAUUAAACCUGGCCCCGGGUCUGAAGCCAGAUUCCUCCAACAAGGAGAUUGAAGAGGCGAUGAAGAGAGUCCGAGAGGCCCAGUCUCUGAUUUCUGCUGCCAUCGAACCUGGAAGUAAGAAAGAUGACAAGCGCAAACAUUCCCGAUCUCCUUCAAGGUCGCGCCGCAAACGCUCGAGGUCUCGGUCAAAACACAGACGUUCAAACAGCAGAUCUAGGCGGAGUUCCCAUUCAAGGAGCCGGAGGCGAUCCAAGAGUCCGAGGAGGAGGAGGACGACUCGCUCUCGGGACAGAAGCCGUCGCAGCAGAUCCAGGGACAGGAGAAAAGAAGAAAAGUCCAAGAAAAAAUCCAAGACACCUCCUAAAAGCUACAGCAGUGCCAGGAGGUCUUGCAGCAUCAGUCGGAGGCGCAAGCGAAGUCGCACUGCUUCCCGGUCCCCAAGGAAACGCCCUUCCACGUCUCCGUCUUCCGGCCGCCACAAGAAGGAAAAGAAGAAGGACAAGGAGCGCGAGAAGAACCGCGACAGGGACAGGAGGGAAGAGCGGAACCACACCAGAGACGAACGAGAACGCUCCAACAGCAAGAAAAAGAAGAACAAAGAAAAGGAACGAGAGCGGGACCGCAAAUCCGACAGCGAGAAAGGAGACGUAAAAGUUACACGGGACUACGAUGAAGAGGAGCAAGGCUACGACAGCGAUAAAGCAGGGGAGGAGGAAGAUGAGAGGAGGAGCGAAUCGGAUUCUGUGUCAUCUCCCAAAGAUCAGGAGGAGGUGGAGCGAGACGAGCGUCAAACAUCCAAAAGGUCCAAACUAAACGGAGACGAUCGCCAUCAGGAGGACAUGGAGAUGAGCGACUAAGAACUUUCUGUGCCACCAUCUACUGAAUUCUUUUCAUAUUCCUAAUCUGGGCCUCAUUAUGUCUGUGCCUGAUCACUGUUAGCAGGUUUUUAUCUUAACAGCAAAGUCCUUGUGGACAGAGGGCAUGGAUCUGAUCAUUUUUGUAAAGAUAAGAAGAGAUCAGGACUAAAAUACAAAUGACAUGAAAUAUGGUUUUUAAACUAUGAUUUGUGCCAUUUGUUUAGAGGUCAUGUUUUUAAUGCUGUGUAGUUUUCCUGAAAACUGAACAUUGAACAUUUUCGGUAGUUUUUUUUUUCCCCACCUCACUUGUCUUGACUUAAAAAUCUUUUCCUUGUUGUCAUUUAUCAACCAGCACCAUGUUUCUUUAAACUGUGGCAAAGUAAAGGUUAACUUUAAUGCACUGUCAUGAAGUUGUUAACCUGAAAUAUAGAUGUGUGUAAACUGGCUCCAAUACAUUAACAAUUACGAAACAAAGUGGCUUCAACUCUACUUGAGGCAGAGCAGUAAUAAUUGAUUUAAUUUUGAAUCUAUUAUGUUAUUUCUGAAAGUGUACUUUUGAAUUACUGCAGCUGACUAACACAAUUUAGCUUUUGCUGCAGCAUAAUGUCCACUGUUCCUACUUUUUAGUAUGUUCUAUGUUGGGAUUUUUGCUGUAGAGUUGAUAUAAAUUCUCACAGAAAACAUUUGGGAUUGGAGCAGCUGAAGUCAGGAUGAAAUGUCUGUUAAAUGUACAUGUUGAAUCAGGUCAAGAGGCACAAACACACUUGCAAAACUUUACUGUACAAAGGAAUGUCAUGGAACAAUGAAAACUGGGUUUUAAAUAAAAGCACUGUCUACAUAA